UGGGUCUGGGUGCAUAGUCUGAAUAGCAACGUACCACGUCUGGGAAUAUUCGUGCAUGGUAGAGAACGCGCCUCAGAGCUCAUCAGUUUUGAAUACAAUUUGUUUUGAGGGUUUACCAAGACGUAUUCAUUUUAUGUAAAUUCUUUAUUAAAUGCGGGGUUUUCUGAGGUGGUGGAGCCGCACUGCACAAAUCCAACGAGUUUCAAUUCAACAGUAGCCUAACGACCGACUGCUAUUCAUGGAUGGUCUUCUAAGGCAAGGACGAGCUAGUGAAUAACCACAGCCUGUGUAACCAAGGUGUCAAGGUCCCCUGUGUGUGAUGCCCUCUUGCUAGCAGGUCCCCUCUCAGUGUGUGAUGCAUCAUGGCUCCGGUGCUCAGUGCCUUGUUAGGGCCGGGGGUCGCGGGGUCAGGGGUCGCCAUGGCGACAUCGUUAGGCAGCGAGCCGCUGGUCCUAGUGGUCACCCUGAUGGCCAUCUCUGCCAUCGUGCUACUCUCACUGCUACUGCAGCUGUGUGCCAGCUGCCAGGGGCAAAAUAAAUCCAAUGGGCGCCCAGGAGACCAUGAGAACCUCAUGAAUGGAGUGUCUGAGAGAGAGACGUUUACCGGAAGUCAAUCUGUGGACAGCCCAGGGACUGACCUAGUGGUGAGCAGUUCACACAACGGCCCACUAACCAGUGGUACAGUGUUGACAGACACCCAGGACAGCAGUCCCCAGCCCUCUGAGGAGAUGCUGUCCAGCCAGUCAGAGCUACGGAGCUCCAAGUGUCCCCAGGACCGCCAGCUGCCCAGCAUCCCACCCAACAGCGCCCUGGAGGGGAUGGGAUCCUCCAGCGAACCCCCUCUACCUGUCUCUGGAGACGGCACCUAUGAGGUGGUGAAGGAGAGAGGCAGCAUCUUAACGGCGUCCCGUGACGUGAGCGUUGAAGACUCCCUCUACGAGACGGUCAAAGAGCUGAAGGACCAUCCAGGGAGCCUGGCUGUAGGUAUACCUAACGGACACGGUACUACGUCCCCCUUCAGCCCCGAUGACGACCCUCACCACCUCCACAACCACCUACCCCCUUCCCACCACCGUCCAGCCCUCCACAAUGGCCACCUCAGCCCCUGCAGCACCCCGGAGCGGGGGCCCCUGUGCGCGGGAGUGGAGUACGCCUCGGUGGAUCUGAACAAGAAGAGCCGUUACAGUGCAGACCUGGAGGCCAGGCGCUCAGCCACCAUCGCUGCUGCUGUGGGCCCCARAGAGGAGCCCGAGGAGGAGGACAGACCCCCGCCUAUACCUGACAAGGUGCUGGAUGAGAAUGACAACCAGCCUACCAUGAUGGACGCAGGAGUGGUGGUGGAAUUGGGGGCAGCACUUCACAACGGAGAGUUGCUCUCUCCCUCACCGGGGCUUCACAACCAUGUGCUGUCGGAGAACGAGCUGUCAGACAUGUACUCCACAGUGAGGAAGACACACCUAGACGUGGAGGAAAAGGAGAGUGACUACAGCAGCAUCGCUGAGAUCAAAGGUCUGGUCCCUGAGUCGUCCUCCAGUGAUCUCUACGCUACUGUCAGGGACAUCUACCCCCAGCUUGGAGAGGGGGAGUCGGACCCUCAGGGACCCCCUGGGGACCUCCAGGAGUCCCCUGCAGAGAGCAUCGACCCGGGCUAUGAGAACGUCUGCCUCACUAAGACUGGUAGUGGAGAGGACUUGGGGCUGAGGAACCAGGUUCAGGAGCCAGACUAUGAGAGUGUAGGUGAGCUGGGCCUGGGGUUGAACAGGGAGAGUUCCCGUCUCUAACUGGGGAGUAAAGCUACAGUGCGGGGCCUAAACCUGAGCCUCACCCUCAACCCCAGCCAUUAGCCUAACUAAUAGCCUCACCCUCAAACCCAGCCAUUAGCCUAACUAAUAGCCUCACCCUCAAACCCAGCCAUUAGCCUAACUAAUAGCCUCACCCUCAACCCCAGCCAUUAGCCUAACUAAUAGC